AUCUGCAGGCGGCUCUGCAGUGACUCAGUCUGCCAUACUGGCACCGAGUAUCUCUGGCACAGUCACCCGGAGUUAGAAGCUGAGAUGAUCCACAGUCUGUUCUUGAUCAGUCACUCGGGAGACAUCUUCCUGGAGAAACACUGGAAGAGUGUCAUCAGCCGGAGUGUGUGUGAUUACUUUUUCGAGGCGAAGGAGAAAGCGGUGGAGCCGGAGGAUGUGCCCCCUGUGCUGCAGACUCCACACCACUAUCUCAUUAACAUAUACAGAGGAAAGCUCUUCUUCCUCUCUGUCAUCCAGACUGAAGUCCCUCCUCUGUUUGUCAUCGAGUUUCUCCACAGAGUGGCAGACACAUUUCAGGACUACUUUGGAGAGUGCUCAGAGGGUGUAAUCAAGGACAAUGUGGUGACAGUGUACGAGCUGUUGGAGGAGAUGCUGGACAACGGCUUCCCACUAGCAACAGAGUCCAAUGUCCUCAAAGAGAUGAUCAGGCCUCCCACCAUCCUGCGAUCAGUUGUCAAUACGCUCACAGGAGGUAGUAAUGUCGGAGACACAUUACCAACAGGUCAACUGUCCAAUAUCCCCUGGAGGCGAGCUGGUGUUAAAUACACCAAUAAUGAGGCGUAUUUUGAUGUGAUAGAGGAAAUAGAUGCCAUUGUGGACAAAUCCGGUUCAACAGUAUUUGCAGAGAUCCAGGGUGUGAUAGAAGCGUGCGUGAGGCUCAGCGGGAUGCCUGAUCUGACUCUGUCCUUCAUGAAUCCUCGCCUCCUUGACGACGUGAGUUUCCACCCGUGUGUGCGGUUUAAGCGCUGGGAAUCGGAGCGCGCCCUCUCUUUCAUUCCACCAGAUGGAAACUUCACACUCAUGACCUAUCAUGUCAGCUCUCAAAACCUCGUGGCCAUUCCAGUGUACGUGAAGCAGAGCAUCACUUUCUUUGAGACGGGACCUUGUGGUCGCCUGGAUAUCACCAUCGGACCCAAACAGACCAUGGGGAAGACAGUGGAGGGCUUGGUAGUCACAAUCCACAUGCCUAAAGUUGUGCUCAGUGUUAACCUCACAACCACACAGGGAAACUACACCUACGACCUCGCUACCAAGGUGUUGGUCUGGGACAUUGGGAAACUGAACCCGCAGAAGCUUCCUAACUUGCGGGGCAGUCUGAGUCUGCAGGCAGGAGCCCCCAAACCUGAAGAUAACCCCCCACUCAAUAUUGACCUUAAGAUUCAACAGGUGGCCAUAUCAGGUCUUAAGGUGAGCCGUCUUGACAUGUAUGGAGAGAAGUACAAGCCGUUCAAAGGGGUCAAGUAUGUGACGAAAGCAGGAAAAUUCCAAGUGCGGACCUGAGUAAUAACCGUCAGAGGUCGACAAUCCGAUGUGCCAAAUAGACGUCGAGGUUAUCAGCGCUCCAAAAUGUCUUACAUUUCCUCUGGCUUAUUGUCAUUAAUGAACAGUUAUUUAUUAUGUGUUUAGCAUUACAUGUGACUGGAUGGUUUUUGUGGCCUGUAAAGGGAAGCCUUAAUAAUCAAUGUGACCUUGUUGAAGUGCUGUUAGUUUCUAGCCAGUUUAAAUGUUGCGUUAUAUGAACCAUUCCUCUUUCUUUUGUACUAUUUCUCAAUACUUUUUUUUUCUUUUAACACUUUCUGAGUGUUGCCUAAGGGGAAUAUUUGAAAAGGGACACUCACAGCUCACCGCCUUGCUCCUCACUACUAAAACAAACCUGUACAAUCCUAUUUGCAUGUUGCCUUUAAGAAAGCAGCCAUGCCUUUUGAAAACCUUUUUACACAAUAUAAGGUAGCAGCAAGUUUUAUACUUCUAUAUGUUUAUUUUUGAAGAAUCUAAUGUGUCUACUUUUUGAGUAGCUGCAGUGCGUCUUGAGGCACUGUCUGUAGAGCAGGUAUUUUUGCACGCAUUCACUCUUUAAUGUGGCCUUGUAAGGUUAAAGUGCUUUGUAUAGCACACUACAGCACACACUGCAUGUUUGGAGGUCUGAGGGAAUUUUGUUUAUAUCAAAGGUACAUCAUUUAACUAAGGGAUAACAACUAUCUGCAGGGCCUAGACAUGAACCAGUGAUUCAAGCAGUCUGUCUGGAACAGUUGUGUAAAAAGCACUCAAAUCUAGAAAAUCCUCACACAAUCUUGAACUUCUUUACUCAGCACAAGAUUUGCACAAUCAAUUACCAACGUGGAAAAUACUACUUAAAGCUCUUGUAUGAAGUUGAAUCUGUAUUUCAGAGUAUAAGAUGUCUCAUAAAAGCUUUAAAAUGA